UUAUCAGCUCCAAUAUUAAUAAAGAUCCAGAAUGCUUUCUGCAGAAAAAUUGAAGGGAGAGAAUAAUGAAGUAGAGCAAGAAAAUUCAGAAUUUGGUGAACAAGAUAAUGAAUUAAUUAAGCAAGAAGACAUGAGAAAUCUAGAAUUAGAGGAACAAUUAAGUUCCGAAAUUGAGGUGUUAAACUUAUCAAGAAAACACCAUGAAACCUCCCAUCAACACCUAAAACAGAGCAACCUCACAAACCCUUUUGAUCUGCCAAAUGAUAUUGUUGUUAAAAUUUUCUUAAAGCUUCCAGUAAAAUCUCUCUUGCGAUUGAAGUCUGUUUCGAAAUCCUGGCAUGCUUUUAUUUGUAGCCCUAGGUUUAUCAAGUACCAUCUGAGUUUAUCAGUUACUUAUAACAAAUACUUCACCAACCAUAAGGUUAUUGUGAGGAUAGCCCAACCAGAAUUCAAUCUUGAGGAUUGUCCUGUUAUGGAGGAAUUUGACUUGGAUUAUCACAUGAAAAACUCUGGUAUAUCUUUCUUGAUUGAGGGUUUUAUCAAUGGAUUGGUUUGUCUUGUAAAUAAGGCAAACGAAGUGUUUUUAUGGAAUCCAGCAAUAAGAAGGUAUAAGAAAUUGCCUGAUUUUAGAACUCAAUUGAAGAAUGAUGGUUAUUGCAUAUAUGGCUUUGGAUAUGAUGAGAUUCAUGAUGAUUACAAGGUAAUGUGUAUUUUUUCUAUUGUUGGAUGUCUACCUCAUUUUCAAGAGGUCGAUAUAUAUAGUCUAAAGAAUGAUUCUUGGCAAAUAAUACAUUGCUCAAGAAAUGUGAUGCGGCUAAUUGGCUCGGGUAAAUUUGUAAAUGGGAAGUUUUAUUGGACUACUAAUAUUGAUAUCAAAAGCGGUUGGAGCAUAACCUCUUUUGAUUUGAUUAAUGAGAAAUGGAGAAUGGUGGAGCGCCCUUACAAUGGAGAAGAAGGUGAAGUUCUCGUGUUGGGAGUGUUGGGAAGUAAUCUUUCUGCGAUUUGUAAUAAUUCAACUACUCAUAUGGAUGUGUGGGCUAUGAAGGAGUAUGAAAACAAAGAAUCUUGGAUAAAGAUGUUUACCAUCAAUUGUGCUCUAAAUCCUGUGGAUUAUUUGUUUGCUCACUCUUUUUAUUUAUCAAAAAGAGGUGAUUUUUUGCUUAUGUUUCAUGGUACUGUCAUGAUAUACGAUCCAAAGGAUAACUCAAUCAGAUAUGCACAGACUAGUGAAUUUGAUUAUGGUCUUUUGACGGAAUUCUUUCAAAGUCUAGUAUGUCCGCUUUCACAAAAUGAAUCAAGGACACUACAAGAAUAGAGAAGCAGACGUUGUGAUAAGUGCAACUAUGUAAGUGAUGAUUUCUAAGAGUUUUAUUUUAUGCAUUUUACAAAGGGCAUAUUUUAGGGAGAACUAUAACUCACAUCUUCAUGGAGACCUAAUUUGACUUUUUCCAUUUUUAGUAUUUUUGUGAAAUAAUUUUAUUUUUCUAUUGUUGCUAAUAGCUUAUUAAUUUCUUUGGCAAUAUCCUUUCAUUAAUUUAGUUAUUUGGCCAAUUAAGGAUUGUAUCUUUUUUUGAUCACUUUACUAGUAACUUUGAUAUUAGCAAGAAUGGAUUGAAUUAGAAGAAAGCAGUGGCGAAAAUAUUUGGUUGCUAUGGUUAUGAAAGUAGAUUGAAAAACUUGUGAACACGGGAUUCUAGGAAAAGUGGAUUUCGUUAUGAAGUUUUGUUUAAUGUAAUCGAGUACAUAAAAGUGAAAACUUUUAUGAUCGUUGAGUAUUAAUAGUUAAAAAAAACCAGGUGCAAUAGUUAUGUUUUUUCUUAUUUAUUGAAUUUAAUGAAAAACUCAAAGAAAGCCAAAAGGAAUUGCAUGAGAAAAAAUUUCAAUAAAAUGGAGCUUG